AUGCGUUUCCCGGAGAAAUCUGUGCGGGAAGUGCUGAGUGUUGUGAGCGAGGACAAUGGAAUAUCUCCCCGUACCGUGGCGAAAUUGAAGGCGGAGCGUCUGCGUGGGCCUUUGGUGUCACCGAAAAAACGAGCUCGCGAGGUGAAGCUUUCGAGCUCGCGAACCGUCAAACAUGACCGCUUGACAAUCAAUGCCAUUCGUCUGAAAGUGCACAGCAUGUACGCCAAGAGGGAGAUCCCAACACAGGACAGUGUGAUAAGGGCUGUCAACGAAGACGACGACUUGCCGAACUUCACGAAAACCACAUUGUGGAGGCUAAGGAAGGACAUGGGCUUCACCUUUACUAAGAGAAAACGAAAUCUUGCGCUAAUCGAGCGCAGUGACAUCAUUGCCUGGUGUCGCAGGUACUUGCGGGCGAUCAAGAAAUAUCGAGGACAGGGCAGGUGCAUCAUCUACUUGGAUGAAACAUGGGUCAACGCAGGGCACACGAAGGAGUACGUUUGGCCGGACACGACUGUGAAGUCAUCGCAAGAUGCCUUCCUCAAAGGUCUGACGACAGGAUUGGCUGCACCCUCGGGCAAAGGGGCCCGUUUGAUCCUCGUACAUGCUGGCAGCAGUGCAACUGGUUUCAUCGAAGGAGCUGCUGACUACUUCCGAGCAAAAAAGGGGGGCAGCGCUGACUACCACUCUGAGAUGGAUGGCAGAUACUUUGAGGAGUGGUUCACCGACAAGCUUUUGCCAAACAUUCCGCCUAAGAGCGUUAUUGUCAUGGACAAUGCGCCAUACCACAGCGUCAACACACCCAGUAUUGUGUACCGCAUCGACACUCUGGCGGUUACCCACGGCCAUGAAGUGCUUCGUGUACCACCAUACCACUGCGAGUUCAACCCAAUCGAGCUUGUUUGGAGCCAGGAAAAGUGGCAAAACUGCUGUGCUCAUGUAGAGCAAGUUGAAGCAAAAGCAUGGGAACGGGACAUGAUUGUGGAUAGUGAAAUCGAACCACUUGUCUUCUGCAUUUGUGAUUCGUGCAACUCCUCCUCCGAUGAGUCGGGUGCUCAGUUCAGUGAUGACGAGUUGAGUCGCAUUGAAGAACUUUGCUGA